UUUUUAUUCUUCUCCGCUUCUCACUAUACUUUUCUGCGUAUUUUUCUUUUCUCAACUUAAGCGAGAAUAAGUCCCGGGCGACUCAAUUAACCCGGAAGUCAAAAUCAGGUCGACUGAUGUUUCGGCAAAAUAACAAGGCACACACACAUACACAGACAUACAUACUACUAAAAAAGAGCGUUAUCUUGGCCGUUCUGCCUGAAUAAAGACACUUAAGAUGAAAGAAGAUGAGAGGCUGCUGGGGGAGUACAAGGACCAUGGCGGCGACUCGAAGGGAGCGGGAGCACAUGCAUCUGAUGCACCGGGACGACGAUUUAAAUCGGAACAUCGGCGCAGUUCUGGGCAGGCCCUGAGGCGAUUUGCAAAGUAUGCAAUCGUCGCCAUGGCUAUCAAGUACUUUUUGGGGGCGCUCCUUGGGCUUUUGCCAUAUGUCGCCCACGAGGUUCAGGGAGCAAUCACGUACCCGGACUGCAGAAAUGGUCCUCUGUCUACCAACAUCGUCUGCGACCAGACAGCCACCCCGGCGGAGAGGGCUGCGGGGCUCGUUGAUGUUAUGGAGCUUGAUGAGAAGCUAGAGAAUAUGGUCAACGACUCUCCCGGCGCACCAAGGAUAGGGCUUCCGGCGUAUGAGUGGUGGUCCGAGGCCCUUCACGGCGUCGCCAACUCGCCCGGUGUGACCUUCAACAGAUCAUCCGGCGGAGCCUUCUCCUCUGCCACCUCCUUUUCCAACCCCAUCGUCCUCUCAGCCGCGUUCGACGACGAGCUGGUCGAGGCGGUGGCGACGCAGAUCAGCACUGAGGCCCGGGCGUUCAGCAACGCCGGCCUGGCUGGGUUGGACUGGUGGACGCCCAACAUCAACCCGUACAAGGACCCGCGGUGGGGCCGCGGUAUGGAGACUCCCGGCGAAGACGCACUCCGCAUCUCAAAGUACGUCAAGGCACUGCUUCGGGGCCUCGAGGGCACUGACCCGACGACCAGGAAGAUGAUUGCAAACUGCAAGCACUACGCAGCCAACGACCUCGAGAGGUGGAACGGCGUGACGCGCUAUAACUUUGAUGCCCCCGUAACGCUGCAGGACCUGUCAGAAUACUACCUGCCGGCGUUUAAGCAGUGCGCCCGGGACAGCAACGUAGGGUCCUUCAUGUGUGCGUACAACGCCAUGUCAAUCAAGGGCAAGAACCUCUCCUGGAAUGGGACGCCGGUGUGCGCGAGCAAGUAUUUGAUGAAUGACAUUCUGAGGGAGCACUGGGGGUGGAACGAGCACAGCAACUGGAUCACUAGCGAUUGCAACGCCGUUUUGCACAUGUGGAACCAGCAUCACUGGUCAGCCACCCGCGAAGAGGCUGCCGGCUCCGCCUAUACUGCCGGGACUGAUACUGUGUGCGAGGUUUCAAACUACGACAAGACUGCUGUCAAGGGGGCCUUUGAUAGGGGGCUACUUGACGAAGAGGUCGUCGAUCGGGCCCUCAAGCGUCUGUACGAGGGCCUAGUUCGCGCGGGUUACUUUGAUGGCCCGGACGCUCCAUACCGUAACAUCACCUGGGCGGACGUUAACACCCCUGAGGCGAGGAAGUUGGCGCUCAGGUCUGCUGUCGAGGGAAUGGUGCUGACCAAGAAUAAUGGUCUUUUGCCGAUCAAACUGGAGGAGCUGCAGAAGAAAGGUAAGACCGUGGCUCUGAUCGGCAACUGGGUGAACAAUGGAGCGCAGAUGCUUGGGACGUACAGUGGAAUUGCCCCGUUCAAAAACACGCCGCUCGCUGCUGCCAACGCGCUUAAUCUCAAAGUUGUCAUGGCAGGUGGGCCAGUCAACCAGAGCACUGGGAGUCGCGACAGCUGGACAAGGCCCGCCUUGAAUGCGGCCAGACAGGCGGAUGUCGUUUUGUACUUCGGCGGGAUUGACCUCUCCGUUGAGGCUGAGGACAGAGACAGAUACUCACUCGCCUGGCCUAGUGCUCAAGCUAAGCUGCUUUCCGAUAUUUCAGCUCUCGGCAAGCCAACAGUUGUGGUACAGCUGGGAACAAUGCUUGACGACACGGCGCUGCUCGCCAAUAAGAAUAUCUCCGCCAUAAUCUGGGCGGGAUACCCAGGCCAAGACGGCGGCACUGCGGCGUUCGACAUCAUCACCGGCAAGACCGCUCCCUCAGGCCGGCUUCCCGUCACGCAGUACCCCGCCAAGUAUGCAAGCCAGGUGCCCAUGACCGACAUGGAAGUCCGGCCAUCCAAGGAGACCAAGGGAGCCAACGGGGCCAACGGGGCCACGACGGGCAAUCCGGGGCGGACAUACAGAUGGUACGACGAGGCGGUCCACCCGUUUGGGUUCGGGCUUCACUAUACAAACUUCACCACCUCUGUCGACGUGACAUCCUCGGCCGCCAUCUCCACAUCAGACCUCACAUCCAGCUGCAAGAACGAGAAGCACAUGGACAAGUGCGCGUUCCCAUCUUCGCUCGACGUCUCCGUUACCAACACGGGCAAGUCGACCACGUCGUCGUACGCCGCGCUGGCGUUUGUGCGGGGAGAAUACGGGCCGAAGCCGUACCCACUCAAGACGCUGGUUGCGUACAGCAAGCUGCACGACAUUGCGCCGGGGCAGACUAAAAAAGUGACGCUCGGGUUGACGCUGGGAGACCUCGCAAGGACGGCGGAGAAUGGUGACCUGGUGCUAUAUCCGGGCAAGUAUGAGGUGCUGGUAGAUGUGCCAACGGCGGCCAAGGCGAGCUUUGAGAUUCGUGGGGAUGAGCUUGUUCUAGAUCGGUUCCCGCAGCCGAAGGAUGAUUAGUCGAUUGAAGGGAGCUGAGGCUCAUGGUGGAAGCGGAAGCUUUGGCUGGGUAUAUGACGUAGUGUUUGGCAGAGAUGCAUGGUUCUGCAAUACUCUAAAAGCAUUUUUUAAAAGAGAUGGCAUAUAUGUCCCCGCUUUUAUGCUCCUCAAAAUUGAAGGAUUGCCUGGUUUAGAGUUGGAGGUCUUGAUCAGGGGUUCACGUGACGGUGGCCUUUCUAUUGGCGGAAAUGCCUUUUUAUCUUGUUGGCCGACGUUCAAAGACUUCCAUGCUUUGUCAAGGGCGCUUGGAUCAAUAUGGGAUCAAUUACAUCAUUACUCGGCCUGAAUGCACUGGCGAGGCAGCCGCUCGUGUCCGAGAAUAGAAGGCAC